UGAGUUCGUGCCUCCUCUUCGCUUGUUGUCGCAGUUUAGGAAAUGGGCGUUCGCGGACUUACGUCUUAUCUUGUUCGUUCUGAAGAGUCAGCUCCAUACCUCAGGAGACUGAUCAAGCUGCGAGACACAAAGCUUAUCAUAGACGGAGAUAACUUGUGUAACUACCUUUACAAAGAAAACGGCUUCGAUUGCCGAUGCGGAGGGCAGUAUGAGGAGUUUUACAAGAAAGUACUGCUGUUUUUCGAAGCUCUAAAAUCUAAAGGUGUAGAAUCGUUCGUAGUUCUUGAUGGCGCAUAUGAUAGAAGUGAUAAGAAGUUAGAAACACGGAAAGAAAGAACACAAGAAAGGAUCGAAAAGGCUGACCAGUUGUUCAGGAAUGAAACAUCAGCUAAUGGCGAUGAAUACUUUUUACUUCCACUUUUGGCGAAGUUUGUAUUCGUAGAAGUCCUGAGGGAUCACUUGAUAAAAUUUGCUGUUUCUGACUGUGAAGCGGAUCAUGACAUCGCAUCUUUAGCCAAGGAUUGGGCAUGUCCUGUUUUGAGCGACGACAGCGAUUUCUUCAUCUUUGAUGUCAAGGGCGGCUUCAUUCCACUUUCCUCUUUCGAUGUUGAUCAGUCAACAGCGCGUAUUUUCUACCGCAGUGACGUGGCAAGAUAUUUUGGAAUACGUGAAGAAUUGCUCCCUUUGCUUGCUUCCUUACUGGGUAAUGAUUACGUGAGUCGGGAAGCGUUAAAGCCCUUCAACCACACAAUUUGCAAUUUUCCCAGUGAUGGUCUUAGUGGAAAGGAAGUGAGGUUUUCAGGUGUCAAAUAUUUCCUCUCCCAGCUCCCUAAUUCAAUCUCAGAAACACAAGCGUUCGAGUGCGUUUUGGGAUCGAUAGAAUCGAGUGAAAGUAGGGAGCGGCUUGAGAAAGCUAUCGAGUAUUCCCUUCAAGAAUACGCAAUUACGAAGUCCAAUUUAUUGGAUUACCUCCGAAAUGGAGUGGUCUGUAGUCUUCUAAGAACCCAAAGUAAUCUCGAACUUGACGAAGAGGUGUUGCGCAGGUUUCGCGAAGGAAAGUUUUCUACCGAUUGUAUGAGCAGCUUAACGGCGGGAAAAGUAUUUCUCAGAGUUCAGGUCGAGGACUGUGAGAGAAGAUCAUCAAAUCAGUGUUCAAUGGCACUGAGACAGCUGAUGUAUGGCAUUUUGAGCGAUGGAGGAAGAAACAUGAAGAGGAUCGAGGAAUGGGACAGAGAGGGCUUUGCACUCAUGAACACAGAUAUUAAGCCUUACAAUGAUAAGAUCCCUUCGAUCAGUUCUAUACUAAUCGAUCCUCACGGGAGAUUAACGAUGUUCUUGGAUGCGCUAGAUUCAGACUCGGCUUAUAUAAAAUCAUUACCAAAAGAGCUCGCGUUAGUCGCAUCAUCUCUUCGUUUUCUUCAUCGUAACUCGCAACCGCCACUGGAGAAUAGUCAUCUGCACGCUCUACUCUGUAGUUGUGUCAAACUAGGGGAUGGUUCGUGGAAACAUUAUCUAGAACAUCCAACAAGAGCUUUCUCCCAACCCUUUGAUGAGAGAGCAGCGCAAAGCUUUUGUCAGUGGCAGUGUGUCUUGAGAGAUGCCAUUCAUCUCAACUUUGUUUUGCUUGAGCCAGUGCAGACACCAUGUAUCCGCAAAAUUUUCAAUGGAAAACUGGUGCAUUGCCUCCAGAGGGAAUUGACAACAGGCAGUAAGCCAGAAUCCUUGAUGUCUCCAAGCUCUCUUGCUCGGUAUCAAGAGCUUUGCACAGCAAUUACUGUCGACCAGGAGGAAAAAGGUAUAGAUCCUCAGUCCUAUCCUCAUAUGCCAGAGGAAAUACGAAGCUUUAUUCACUUCUUCCAUAAGCAUGUCACUGACCAGAAUCUCUCUGGCAUUCAGUCCAUCUAUGAAAAGAAGUUCAACAAAUUGACUAAGAGAUAUUUUGAAAAAUCUCCUUGGCCUGAACCUGAAUAUGUUGCAAGCCUUGUGGAUGGAGACCAAGUGUUUUUGAUCCUUUACAAGGAGCUGUACUAUAGACACAUCUACAACAAGCUCAAGCCAACACUGGAACAUCACUUUGAAUCUUAUUUCAACUACUGUGAUCUUUUCAACUACAUUUUGAACACAGAUGAACCAGUACCUCUCAGCUUGCCCGAUCAGUGGUUGUGGGAUAUUAUUGAUGAAUUUAUUUACCAGUUCCAAGCAUUCAGCCAGUACCGAUCAAAGUUGUUGAAAAAGGGAAAAGACGAAGUUGAAAUUUUAAGAGAAAAUACAAAGAUUUGGAAUGUUCACAGUGUGCUCAAUGUGUUGUAUUCUUUGGUGGAGAAAUCCAAGAUUAAUCACCAGCUUGAGAGGUAUAACCAAGGGGGUGACCCAGACUCAGUAGCUGGCGAGUUUGGAAUUCAUCCACUCUACAAGAUGCUAGGUUACUUCAGUCUGAUCAGUUUGUUACGACUGCACUCGCUGCUUGGCGAUUAUUUUCAGGCCUUCAAAGUUCUGGAGAAUGUCGAGCUAAACAAGAAGAGUCUAUACUCAAGAGUUCCAGCUUGCCAGAUCACUACCUACUACUAUGUUGGGUUUGCAUACCUCAUGAUGAAGAGGUACCAGGAUGCUAUUUGCAGUUUCUCCAAUAUUCUGCUUUACAUUCAGAGGACCAAUGAUAUAUUCCAAACUAUAUCCUAUCAGAAUGAACAGAUAAUGAAGAAGAAUGAUCAGAUGUAUGUACUGCUGGCCAUCUGUCUGACGUUAUAUCCACAGCGAAUUGAUGAACAUGUUCACUCACAACUGAGGGAGAAAAAUGCAGAUAGGUUGCAACAACUUCAGCAUGGAAAUUUGCAGGCAUUUGAGGAGUCAUUCUCAUAUGCUUGUCCUAAGUUUAUCUCUCCAGUCCCUCCAAACUUUGACGCACCUCCAGCUAAUUUUAACAUGGUAAGGACAUUUUAGCAAUCUUCAAAUGGUUUUGCUCAACUUUGCUGUGUGAUUGGU